AUGACAACAGAAUGGGUCAAGCAACCGGUGGUGGGGGGCAGAGAGAGGGCUGUUGUCAUUGGCAUAAGGGUCAUCAUAGAGGUUAUUAUUUGGGUCAUCAACUGGACUGCCCCCAGCACUGGUGAAAUGAGGAGGGGGUGGAGGGAGCUGAGAGUCUUGGAGAGGGGGCUGAGGGUUUGGGGGAAGGAGCUGAGGGGUUGGUUAUGUCAAGUUGGUUCAGUGGAGGGAGCUGAGAGUCUUGGAGAGGGGGCUGAGGGUUUGGGAGAGGGAGCUGAGGAGUCAGUUGAAGGAGGCAAGGGGUUGGUUGAAGGAGGCAAGGGGUCAGUUGAAGGAGAAAUCCACAGUGUGGCUGACUCCCAGCUGGGAGGUGAAAAUUUUGGCACUGCACGUUGCAUGAGUGAUGGAGUUCAUAGUGGUAUUGGUGUUGUUGUUAGGGGAGUGAAAGUUGAUGGAGUUCAUAGUGGUAUUGGUGUUGUUGUUAGGGGAAUGAAAGUUGAUGAUGUUUGUGGAAUGUUGAUUUUCAGGGAGGUGAUAGAUGAAGGCGCAUUGGAACCAGUUGCCAGUGGUAGCAUCCAGGGAGGGCAGCACAGCUGGGAUGGUAGCUUGGUCACUGUCAUCCACAAUGAGUGA